AUGGCACCCCAACUAAUCUUUGGCACAGCUUCCUUUGGAGGUCCACAGACGGCAUUCCAAGACGUGGACGAUGUCAAGAUCCUGCUUCAAGCGCUCCAAGAUGUUGGCAUUCAACGUCUAGACACGGGAGCCAGAUACCCGCCAACAAACAUGGGCAGAUCCGAGCAGCUCAUUGGAGAGGCGGCAAAGGGUGAUUUUGCACAGUUCCUCGUUGACACCAAGGUGUUUACCGAUGUGGCGACAGACGGGAGUGGAGACUUGACAGGAGAAGCGAUUCAGAAGUCUGUUGAUGCGAGCCUGCAGCGACUGCAACGUUCCAACGUCAAUAUCCUUCACGUUCAUCGGGCAGACCCUUCCACACCCUUGGAGGAACAAAUACAGGCAUUCAAUAAACAAAUUUCCGAGGGUCGCUGCAAAGAGUGGGGGUUAUCUAAUGUACCGCCGCCAAUGCUUGAGAAGAUCUUGCAAUUGUGCGAACAACACCAGUGGAAGAAACCUGUCUGCUAUCAGGGACAAUACAAUUUAGUGACCCGAGGAAUGGAAACCAAGCUCUUGCCCGUACUGCGCGCACAUAAUAUUAGCUAUAAUGCCUUCAUGCCUCUGGCAGCAGGAUUUCUCACUGGCAAAUUGAUCAAUGAUCAGCAAGCCGGGACUCGCUUCGCCGACGACCAUCCGUUCAAGAACGUGGCGCAAAAGAUGUUUGGCGGAGAUGAGCUGCUUCAAGCCAUGAAAGUCUUUGACGAAGAGGUAAAAGCACAGGGACUCUUGACUGUCGAAGUCGCUCUGCGUUGGAUCGCGCACCACUCGGCCCUUGGACAUGGAGAUGGCAUCGUUAUUGGUGCUAGCAAAGUGGAACAGGCAAUUUCUACAGCAAACUUUAUUAAAAAGGGUCCCUUGCCGGAUGCUGUUCUUGUAGUUGUAGAGAAUGUCUGGAAGCAUGUAGAAAAAGUACGUGGCGACAUCAUCUAG